CAACGUUCUACACGGGUAAAAUAGAGAGGCGCACCCAAACACUAGCCUAGAGCAUUCAGUGGGUGACUGAACCAGUGAACCCAUUUGUUUCCAGUAGUAACGUCAGUGUAACUCACCGCAGAUAUAACUUCAUUAGAUAGCACUAUGCAGCUGUCUGUACACAUGUUGGACUUUUUUCAGGCACCAACACUGAAAGCGUUGGAAGAACAUCAGGAGGACGCUGGUAGCAAAUGCUAACCUAGCUAGCUACACCGUUAGCAUCUUGAGUCCUACGAUAGUCUAACGUUAAACAGACUAACGGUACAUACAGUCUACUAUACCACAGAUAUCAACUAACGUUAAUAGUUAUUUAGCGUGCAGCGUGUGGUGGUGCUCGGUGAAUGAGACAGCAACUCCUCUUGGAGAGAGCAGAGGAGCUCCGAGUUCUCCUGUUGAAUCCAGAGUGGACAUCUGCUGGAUUUCAGGACAAGAGAGGAAUGGAGGAGGACAACCAGAACCAGGAGCAGCGGAGCAACAAGAUCCCCAGAAGACCAGCAGUAGACUGGGACUCUAAUACCAGCCAUGUUCAGGAGCCCUCAGCAGAUGUCAAGCUGGCGACCAGAGCAGGAAAGAAGGACAAGAAGGCUGAGGAGGAUGAGCAGCCUGCAGCAGCAGUGAAGGAGGAGGAGGAGCAGCCUGCAGCUCCUCCUGCAGCUGCAGCAGUGAAGGAGGAAGAGGAGGAGGAGGAGGAGGAGCAGCAGCCUGCAGCAGUGAAGGAGGAGGAGGAGGAGUAUGUGGUGGAGAAGGUGUUGGGCCACAGAGUGGUGAAGGGAAGAGUAGAGUUUCUGCUGAAAUGGAAGGGGUUCUCAGAUGAGGAUAACACAUGGGAGCCACAAGACAACCUGGACUGCCACGACCUUAUCACCGAGUACAUGCAGAAACACAAGGAGAAUGAAGAGAAGAAGAAGGAGGGCAAGAGGAAGAAGAAGGAGAAACUGAGAGGAGGAGAGGGACCCAAACGUCACCACUGUCAACACUGUGACAAAUCCUUCACAACAUCUGGAUAUUUAAAGAUUCAUCAGAGAGUUCACACUGGACAUAAUCUACACAGCUGUGAUCAAUGUGGGGCAGCUUUCAUACUACAGCAUCGCCUAAAAAGACAUCAACGCAUUCACACUGAAGAAAAGCCUUACAGCUGUGUUCAAUGUGGGGCGGCUUUCACACAAUUGAGUAUCCUAAAAAGACAUCAACUCAUUCACACUGAAGAAAAGCCUUACAGCUGUGAUCAGUGUGGGGCAACUUUCACACGAAAGAGUACCCUAAUAAUACAUCAACGCAUUCACACUGGAGAGAAGCCUUACAGCUGUGAUCAAUGUGGUAAAACCUUUUCUAGGAGUGACAGCCUAGAAAUCCACCGACGUGUUCACACUGGAGAGAAGCCGUACUGGUGUGAUCUAUGUGGUACAUCAUUUUCUCAGAGUGGUCACCUAGAAAGCCACAGAAUUGUUCACACUGGAGAUAAACCGUACAGCUGUGAACAAUGCGGGGCAGCAUUCAUGUAUUUAAAUAAGUUACAAUCCCACCAACGUGUUCACACUGGAGAGAAGCCGUACUGGUGUGAACAAUGUGGAAAAACGUUCUCUCAGAGUAGGUACCUUAAAAGACACCAGCGCUUUCACACUGGAGAGAAGCCGUACUGGUGUGAACAAUGUGGGAAAACUUUUUCUCACAGUACUGACCUUAAAAAACACCAGCGCAUUCACACGGGAGAGAAGCCGUACUGGUGUGAACAAUGUGGUAAAACUUUUUCUCUGAAUGGUAACCUUAAAUCUCACCAGCGUGUUCACACUGCCUCGUGGUGAAUAUGUUUCUGAGCCAAGCGGUUUCCUCCUGCCUCCUCCUCAUGCCCUGAUAGCUGUGUUGUUAUUUUCUGAUCUUCUCUCCACAUUGAAGGCAGACCAGCAGUAACUUUAUCUUCUGAACAGCAUGUAUGUUAUCCUGGCUACGAAUACACAUUACGCUCCCUCCCUUUUGAAGGGAUUUAUUCCACUCAAAAUUAGUUUGUUUUCCUGUAAUGAAAUAUUCUGAGUUCUAAUGCUGCAGCGAAGAAGUAUUUGUUGUUCUAAAUCACCUGGGGUCUCAUUUAUAAAACUGUGCGUAGGAUCCUUACUAUAAGUGUGCGUACGCCCAAAAGCCCAAAUUGGCGUACGCCGAAAAAAACACAUUAUCAAGUAUUUAAAUUACUUAGAAAAAACAAUUCAAAACACGCAUUGGAACCAAUUGGAAGGCUACACAUUCACUCAUGUCAACAAAGAUGGCGGCGCGCGAUUGUGCAGCGGCUACUAGCUCUCCUGUCGGUGUAUAUUUAUACAAGUACAGCCACACUGAACUAAUCAAUACAGGACUACGAUACAACACAGCCAUUACGAGAGCCUUCCAGGCGGCUCAUAACAUCCCGGAGGACAUAGCCAGACCGGGCGCUCCAGGUUGUUGUCGGCGCUAGCACGGCGAGCUAGCUACCGGCAGGAUGAGAAAAUAAAGACCAGAGGUGGAACGGAGGACUGCGUUUCGUUGCCCAGCACGACUCACCUGACCUGGAGCCCUGUCGGUAAUAUACAGGCCAUUUUAUUUACUACGAAAACAGCACACUGCCAUCUACAUAGCCCCCGAUUCUAACGUUAGCACAAGUUUCGCUCACUGCUAACCAUAAUGAGCAAACUGCAGCAUGAUCACCUGGAGGGGAUACAGGGAACUUUAACAAGGUGUCCUUGGCCCUUGUGUUGUCCUUCUCUCAACCUUGAAAAAACACAUUUUUUCAACAUUUUUGACGCUUUUUUUUCACGUUUUGUUUUUGCUUUUUCCAACAU